AUGCGUAUUGUUCUACAUAAUCUACCACUUCUUUUUUGUCUUAUUUAUCCUAUGCUAUUUUAUUUUUUUGCCAUUGUUCUUUACUCAUGUAAUGGUACACAAUGGGAUUACACUAGUAAUUUGUGUGGUUUUGCUCAUUGUUAUCUUCUUUUUGACAAAGUACUCGGCACAUUUGACUGGGCAUUUAACAAUGGAUUACCUAUGGUUGUAAAUGCAUUAGCCAACUUAGUCUUAAUUGUAAGAGUAGUUCGACAAAAGCGUCGUUUUCAACAAUCAUUGACAUGGCGACAACAGCGACGUAUGACAGUUCAAUUGCUCACGAUUUCCAGCCUUUAUAUUGUCGCUUGGACGCCAUGUCUGAUUGUAGCACUUGUACAAAUACUUGGCUAUCCAACAUUUCUUGCUCAAAUUCAAACAGAUUUCUUUCUCGAUCUCAUCUAUGUUGUAUGUCUUUUUCUUCCAUGGGUAUAUCUAAGUUUUCUUCCACCAUUAACUAAAUGGAUCAAAGAAUUGUUUCAUUAUGAACAAGGAUGUAAGUUAGUUUCAAUAACACGAAUUAUCCAAUUCGAAGCAAGAUUAUAA